GGACGAGGCCGCCAGCGGAAAAAAAUUAUUGAAAGGAGACAGGCGGCCCUUGUGCUGGAGAUUAAUAAUAAUUGGUCGCAGCGGAGGAGCAGGGCGACAGUGUGCAGCGGCAGCGGGCGGAGAGAAGGCGGCGGUCCCGCUGGCUCAGGACAAUAAUGAUUCACCAUGAAUCAGAGGGAGCCCUUGAUACAUCUCUUUGCUGGCGGCUGCGGGGGUACAGUUGGAGCCAUUUUAACGUGUCCUCUCGAAGUGGUGAAAACUAGACUGCAGUCAUCAUCUGUUACAUUCUAUAUCCCAGAAGUUCAUCUCAGCGCAAUAAAUGGAGCCCGUGUGGGUCGGGUGGCUCGUGUUUCACCUGGUCCUCUGCAUUGUUUAAAGAUGAUUCUAGAAAAAGAAGGUCCCCGGUCUCUCUUCAGAGGGCUUGGUCCAAAUCUGAUAGGCGUCGCACCAUCCAGAGCUAUAUACUUUGCUGCUUACUCCAGUUCGAAGGAAAAAUUGAAUGCCAUCCUGGAACCUGAUUCAAGCCUGGUGCACAUGCUCUCUGCUGGAGUGGCAGGCUUUACUGCUAUUACAGCCACCAAUCCCAUCUGGCUAAUAAAGACACGCUUGCAACUAGAAGCAAGGAGCCGAGGCGAAACACAGAUGAGUGCUUUUGAAUGUGUGAGAAGAGUAUAUCGUUUUGAUGGUAUUAGAGGCUUCUACAGAGGAAUGUCGGCUUCCUAUGCAGGCAUAUCUGAGACUGUCAUUCAUUUUGUAAUUUAUGAAAGCAUAAAGCAGAGACUGAUGCAAUCCAAAACAUCUUCGAACAUGGAUCCCGAAGAAGAUUCUGUUAAAUAUGCUUCAGACUUUAUAGCCUUGAUGUUAGCUGCUGCAACAUCUAAAACAUGUGCCACCAGUAUAGCAUAUCCACAUGAAGUCAUAAGAACUAGGCUACGUGAAGAAGGAACAAAAUACAGAUCAUUUUUUCAGACAUUUUCCUUAGUAAUAUCUGAAGAAGGUUACAGAUCACUUUAUCGUGGUCUUAUCACCCAUCUGGUCAGACAGAUUCCAAACACUGCAAUCAUGAUGGCCACUUAUGAGCUGGUGGUUUAUCUUCUUGAUGGGUAACGAAAGUGAUGAAAUGUUGUGCAAACCUGGAAGACCAAAGGACUUGACUGGACCAGAAACCCCAGAUAAAUUUUAAUGCUGAGAAAAAUGAAUCAAUUGUGAAGAUUUAAGCUGCUGUUAAGACAAAGAAUGUCCAGUUCGUGAAAAGAACUUGCUCUGAUCAAGGAGCUACCGGUAGUCAUGGCAAUGACACAAAAUUAGAGAAUCACCACUUAAUGGGGAACAUUUAACAAAUCUAAAUGUUGUAUUAUCCUGUUAUCUUUCAUUAUAACAUCAGGUUUUUUUCAUCGUGAUAAUCGUUCAAUUUUAAUGAAGUGUCAGGCAAUCUUUGUAAUAAGAAAUGUAUUGCUCUAAACCACUUGACUCAAGUGAUGCAAGAGUCAUAGGCAUUCUCCAAUUAAUCUGAGAAGCAUACCACUGAGUUGAAAUCCUUAUACCAAUUAUCUCCUCCACAGAUCAACCUCUGGAAAAGAAGCUUACAAAGGUGUUAAGUUCAUUCAUCAUUGAAGCCCAUAUUAAAUAAAAGUCAUAUAUUACAGUAUUUUGAAUAAGCCCAGGAAUGCAUCAAUUACAAUCUAGUAUCCUCAUGCAAAGAGUUAAAUCUUGGAGGGUGGGGAGGGGUAGGCUGGGAUGGUGUUCUUAGAUUUUUUUUCCUAAACUCAUUAUAUUUUGCACAGUAACAUAAUUGCUUAAACUCCAAUAAUGCUGAAAUUUAACUAAACUUGAAAUGCACCUCUUAAAUUCUAAAUUUAAAGAUUUAUUCACUUAACAUCUAAGAUAUGACUAAUGAAUGUAAAGCAAGAUAAAUAAGGUUGAUUUGUUUACUGUUCCCCUGAAGUAUUUGCAUACACUUAUUGUAGCAUAUCUAUAGACUGUUAAGAAUUGCUUCAAAGAAACAGCUAUAAGUAUGAUUAUGUUAUGCUUAUGUUUGUCUAUUCAGUCUGUAGAUGCUUACAAAAAGGGAUGCUAAUGUUGGAAGAGGAAACAAAAAUAUGCAAUACUCCACUGUGUUCAAAAUCUAAAUUUUACAAUAUCAUAAGUGACUUUGUCUUGAAUAUUUCCUCAAGCACUUUGUGGCCUUUCUACCUUGUGGGUUUUACUCUUUUCCCCUGAUGAUUUCAGUUCUUAAAUUGUCAAAAUAGCUAAUAAAUCUUUCACAAAAGUUUGUUUGAUAUAAUAUAGAUGGUUUCCGUUAUUAAAGUUGUGCAUUUUGCAGUCACUUCUCAAUCCAUAAUUACAUUGUAUAAUAACUUUGUGUACCUUUUUAAGUUUUGUUACUAUCACUGUGUAUUCUUAAAUACUUGCAUCCUUCAUUUGUUGAACCCUGAUGAACAAAUCAUUAUAUACAAAUUCUAUGUUUGCCUUGUCUUUUCUCAAAUUUACUUGGAAAGAGUGCUUUGAUCUUCUCUUAUUUCCAUACGCUUCAAACCUGUUUAUCCAAAACCGUUAUGCAAAAAGCAGAUUUUAAAUUAGUGGACCGAUAAAAACAUGUCAUUUGGUCAGUUUAAGAAACAAGGAUGUGAACACAGUUUAUUUAAAUUUAAAACGUUUUCUGUUGCAGCUGAUGGAAGUGUGAGUACAUUUGGCAACUUGUAUACUAGUGCAGAAUAACCUCAAAAAUAAAACUGGCAAAGCAGUAUUAAUGUGAUUUUACAAUUUAGUCAUCUGCACAUAUUUCUAAUUGGGGGUGGGGGCAUGGAAUCACCAUUCAGAAUCUCAACUACACAAUGUCCUGUUGAGCUGUAAUGACUUGUAUUACUACAUCUUUUUUUAAACAAGUCCUUUCUCAUCUCUAAGCGUGUCAUAAUGUGAAAUAGUCCGGUCUACACUUGGGCUGGUAUUGUACAGCUUAAUUUUUUAUUUUGUUUUCAUACUUUGGCAAUGCUUGUAAUCAUGAUCAUAAAGCUACAGUAUAUCUAAAUAUGCUGCCUUAGACAGAUGUUUUUCAAAAACUCUGCUGUUCAAUUCCAGAUCUAAAGUGUAUUUGAUCUUCUGUGCAUAGUGCAUCCUUGGGUGCAAGUAAUGUAUGUACAUAUUCUGUACAGAAUCUUUAAUUCUUAAGUCUUCAUGUGUUUUGAAUGCUUCUAUAUUGCAAAGGAUUAAAAAUGAAUUAGAAAAUGCUACAAUGGUUUCAUUAGUAUACAUUGUAUGUGGUAUUCCUGGAUGCCUUUUAAUUAGAAUAUAAUAUCUUGUUGCAAAAGAAAUUAACUGCUAGACAAAAAUGCGUUCACAAGUUCACACAUGCCUCAUGCAAUGAUAUUUUUUGAGAUCCACCAGAAUUUGUAUAACGUAAGGGAAAGCUUUGGUUUUAUGAUUUGGAUAUAGUAGUUCUUUUUCGAUCAUCAUACAGUACAAAGACUUCUCCCUGUGCAUACAUUGAAUUGAAUUUUCAUAAAUUUCUGUAUAAUGAUCUUGAAAGUAAAAGGAUGCUGUGUUUCUUUAAUGCUAAAUUUUUGAGCAUCUGAAUCCAUAUACAUUUUAUUUGAACAAACAGGAUAUUCCAAAUUAUUCAGCAGGGUGGAACAAGCUUUAUUGUUAUAAAGCUGUGGUUGCUUUGGAGGAGGAAAUGGAUUUUCCAGUUGCACAGCCAUUAUUUGAAUUCCAACUCUAAUAAAUCUUAUGAAUUCUUUUGGCCAGGCAACUGCAUUGAGCCUGAACUAUCAUUAAAAGUUUCAUCAUUAGGGGAGCAAAGUUAAUUCUGUUUAUUUCCAGUCAGCUCAGCACAGUAGACAAACAGAAGUCAUGAAAGAGUGCCUGUGCUUUUGAAGGAUUCCAGUCUAAGGGGGCGACGGACAGGGAAAAGAGAGGGUAAGAUUGCUUUGGAACAAAUGAAGGUGAGGGCAGUGUGCAUAUUUAACAGGAUGAUGAUGAUUGGAGGCUCUAGCUCUAUUUUACACCAGGAUUAUCUUAGGCACGUUAGUUCCUAUACGGUUUGAUUUUUUUUUAUAUUUUUCCCCACUUUAUGCAACAGGCUUUGGCCAUGAUUUUCAACAUAAAAAUACACAAAAAUGCAUCAUAACUCCAUGAAUUCUUUAGCAAAAAUUUUACAGUUGUGUUUACAGUUAAUUUUCUUGGUAGUCCUUUGCUAAAUGCAUUUCUGGGUGAUUCUAGUACAUUUAAAAAUGUUUUUAAAAGCAAACACACCAGAUGCCUGAUCAUAUGAUUGUCAGCUAUGAACUCUUUCAGUGCAAUAUUGAAUGUCAAUUUUCUGUAUUGCAAAAAAAGUGACUUUUGAUAUUUUGUGAAGCGAAGGCAGCUGUUUUAAUUUGGAAUCUGGUUUAUUCUAUUUAAUAAAAUGUGAUGUAGACGUUCAUAUUUCUGACAAAUAUUCAGUGAUUAAUGUAUAAGGAAACUACUAUAUGUUGCAUAUUAGCAAAUCUUACUGGGAGUUGGAGAAGAGCUUCUGUUUGGCUUGUUAAAUUUGGGGAUAGAAACUGGGGUACAAUUAAAUAGGUUUUUUUGCAUAAUGCAAUAUAAACAUCCAGUUGCUACAAUAAAAACAUCUGGUACUACUGCAGUUAAAGGGAAACUUCUCUUAAGAUGUACCUUUUGUUUUCAUGUUUGUUUGCACAUGAGCAUGCAUAAUUCUUAUUCAGAAAGGUUGGUUAAAUGAAUCCAUGCCAUUUCAAUACCCUUGUUGCCCUCACCCUCUCUUUAUAUUUGCAAGAUUGGAAGUGGUUUCAAAUUUUACAUUCAAUGGAUGGAUUUUUUAAUGAGUUUUCAUACUGUGUGAAUUUGCACAGAAUUCUAACAUGUUAACACAAACUCUAAGCUGUUCUAAAUCCAAGCAAAAUAUGCUACAUGAAAUUUGUCAAUGCUUGAGCUGUGCACUUAAGACUUUAGAGAUCGGUUUUUGCCCUAAUAUUUAUCUAUUUUUCAAAUUGAAUCCUACAAACUGUGAAUGGUCCAUGUUUCAAAGUGUAGCAUUUCAUGCUUGUUUGAUUAUACCCCCCCCCCCAUUUAUGAAUUGUACUUUAUUUUGGAAUGAGCAAAUAUAUAUUUGCAAGUCCCUGUGUGCAAGUUUUGCAGACGUUUACGUUUCAGAUAAUUACUCCUUGCGCAUAUCUUUGAAAACUAAGAAACAGCUGAAUGAGAUGUAAUGGAAGAAAUUUACUAAUUUGAUGCCAGGAUUUGGUACACUACUGAAAUGAUUUGCAACUAAUUUUCACUUUGACUAUAGUUUUAGCAAUUAACUAUUUUUGUGUAUAUUUGUGAAUGUUGUGAAAUGUCAAUAAAAUUGAAAAUGAAUACUGCA